CCUGGCCCGUUUCGGGUUUGAUACCUGUAACCAACCCGAUGGCGGGCCUUAGGCCCAAGUAGGUAACCAAAGUGUUCGAUGAUAUGGUUUACAAAGGUGUCGUCUCUUGGACGUCCUUAAUAUCUGUGCAUAUUCGGGGACGAGAUUCUAAUGAUCCGUUUGUGUGCUUUGGUCAAAGGCAGCUAACAUCUCUUAAGCCCAACUGGCCAACUCUAUGAGCUAAGCUGGAUCCUUAGGCCCUAAUAGUGGGCAGUUUGUUUACAAAUUAGAGAUGUAAAUAGAUUAGAUUUGAAUCAGAUAUACUCUUGACUGUAUCUGUUUCAUUUGGAUAUUUACAUAUAUUUAAAUUAAAGUUCAAAUAUAAGGGAAGAAAUUUAUGAAAUCCAGAUUCACAAAUCAAAUCUUAAAACUCACAUCUGAAUCCGAAUUUUGAACCAAAUCUGGACCAUUUUUGAAAAUGUAAGAGUGUUCAAUAUAGAAUAUUUAUUUAAAAGUAAAUCGAUUUGAAUCCUACUCCAAUCAAGUGCUGUUUUUUAUAUCCGAAAAUGAUUCAAUUUCUUAAUUAGAUAUUAAUUUAUUUGGAAUGGUUCGAUUGGAUUUCUAAUCCAAAUUGAGUUAUUGGAUUCAUUGACGUCGUCACCAAAAAUAGAAAGUGAAAUCUACUUUUUGGAAACCCAAAAUAAAAAACAAAAGUCACUUUUCACAUAAAAUGAUGGAAAUGCCCAUUGUUUGAAUACCAAAAAUGUCGCUUCAUCUAAAAAAGUAAAACACGAGGGGGCGUGUUAAACAAAGAACAUGGGGCACCCUUUAGACCUAGAAAGAAAAAUAUUUGACGUGAAACAAAAAACAAAAGAAUUAUGAAGCAUACAACUAUACAUAAAAGAUCAAGGAAAAAAUAAAUCAACGCAAGCAUAAAAGAUUGUUUGGUAAGAGUGCAAGUGUGUAUACACAACAGAGUUUGUCACAUGUCACAAAGUAGCUGAUUUAUUGUUGAAUAGGUCAUAUCUUCAGCCCCUUAACAUGGCUCCUCGUGUUAGAACUACGAAUUGUGGAAUAGUUAAGAAGUAAGGACUCAAAGAGCAAAGUUAACCACGACAUGUUUGAUACUGCCAGCAAUGAAUUGAUUAGAAAUGGUUUUCAGGACACCAAGCACAUAUAAGAUGUUUGAUAAGCUUGCAUUGGGAGGAGGAAUGCAGUCUCAUGCUAGUGAGAAAGGUUGUGGCUCGCUGUACACAUACUUGCUGGAUAGAUGCAUCAAAGAGACCAAUCUCAAACUGGGCAGAUCAGUCCAUGCUGCUCUUAUUAAGACUGCGCUUGAUUUGAAUGUUUUCUUGGCUAACCGGUUGGUCGAAGUCUACGCAAAAUGCAACUCAAUUUCAUCAUCCCGCCGACUGUUUGACGAAAUGCCUGAGAGAAAUGCAUAUACAUGGAACACUAUCAUUGGUGGGUAUGCAAGAAAUGGGCUGCUAGUCGAUGCACAAGGGCUUUUUAACCAAAUGCCUGAGAGGAAUGUAGUCACAUGGAAUUCAAUGAUAUCCGGGUUUGCUCGAUGUGGAAAUUGGGAAGGCGCCAUUGGUAUUUUCCGCAGCUUCCAGAAAGAAAAAAUGUGGAUUGAUAAGUUCACGCUUGUUAGCCUACUAAAUGUCUGUUCCAGAUUCAAGGUUCUGGAAUGGGUCAGGCAGAUUCAUGGUGCUGUUGUGGUUAUGGGGCUUAAGCUGAACCUGAUCAUGUUAAAUUCGUUCAUUGAUGCUUAUGGAAAAUGCGGAGAUUUAAGGACUUCAAUGAUAGUCUUUGAUAGAAUGGAGGAAAGAGAUGUAAUAUCAUGGACUUCAAUGUUCUCUAGCUACGCUCGGUUAAAUCAGUUAGAAGAGGCACGCCAGCUAUUUGAGCGCAUGCCAGUAAAAAAUGAGGUCUCAUGGACUGCAUUAAUCACUGGGCAUUCUCAAAAUGAUCAAGGUGAAAAGGCAUUGGAGCUCUUUUCUGAAAUGCAAAAAGAGUUUGUUCCUCCUACAGCAUUUACAUUUGUUGGUGUUUUAAGUGCAUGCUCAAGUCUAGGCCUCAUUGAAUGUGGCAAGCAGCUUCAUGGACACAUCAUUAGAACAAUGCCUGAGGCCAACACCUUUAUCUCAAAUGCUUUGAUUGACAUGUAUGCGAAGUGUGGAUGCAUAGGCUCAGCCUUAAUACACUUCAAACAGAUGUGCGAAAGAGAUAUUGUUUCAUGGAAUGCAUUAAUAACUGGUUUUGCACAGAACGGUUGUGCAAGAGAAUCCUUGGAAAUUUUUGAUAGAAUGAGCACAUCAGGUGUGAAACCAAAUGACGUUACCUUUCUUGGUGUUCUAGCUGCAUGCAGCCAUGCUGGUUUAGUAUCAGAAGGGCAUCAAUAUUGGAUCUUGAUGGAGACACACUAUGGAGUACGUCCUAGAUCAGACCAUUACGCAGCCAUGAUUGAUCUACUUGGGAGGUCUGGUCGUCUAAAUGAAGCAGUUGAGUUGCUUAAAAGCAUCAGUUCUCAACCUGAUGUGGGCAUGUGGGGUGCACUGCUUGGUUCUUGUCUGAUCCAUGGCAAUGCGGACCUUGCUAGUGAAGCUGCUGAGUCCCUUUUCAGUUUGGAGCCUACAAAUGUUGCGAGGUAUGUGAGUCUAUCAAACGUCUAUGCUGGUGCUAGAAGAUGGAAGCAUGUUAGUCAGCUACGAGUCCUUAUAAAGGAGAGGGGAAUGAAAAAGCAACCGGCACUUAGUUGGAUUGAGAUAAGAAACAGAAGACACUACUUUGCACCAGAAGACAAGACUCAUUAUCAGAUUGAAGAGAUCUAUGAAAUGCUACACUUAUUGACUUAUCUGAUGAAGGAAGCUGGAUAGUUAUCAAACCCUGAAGUUCUGUCUGAUGAAGAAGAUCAAUGUAGCUUUAAGCCUAACAAGGUUGUGCUCAGCUUCCUUAUUUAUGAUGCUUGUCCUUAUUUUAACAAGUAGCAUAAAUCUCAGAAAGCUGCAGGAAUGCCACAGAUAUUUCAAAAUCAAUGUGAAGAAUGUGCUUUCCUGCCUCCACUGCAAGUUAUUCUUAUCCAUGAGCUCUUCUUGCAGUUGGCAUCAAUGUUCAGACACAAGUGUUAUCUGGAAAAGUCAUAUUGUUGAUAAAAUCUACAGCCUUCUGGAGGUAGCCUGCACUUAUGAAGUGAUUAAUCAUGUGGGGCUUGGUGCUUGGUAGGGUUGGCAUUUGGCACCAUCUUGAAGGUAAAGUGUUAAAAAUCAACUGUACAAAUAUUAGACUCUGCAUGGCAAGAAGGUGGUGGUGGCUUGUCGAUUUGUAUGGAUAUUAUAGGCUACAAUAUUAGGAUGGUUUACUUUCUACCUUUUAGUUCAUAGAAAACCCUAUCUUUUUUGUACUAGUAUUUCACUGUAUGUGCUGAUGUGAAAUUAUGGGAAUGUGGGGUCCUAUUGCUGUAACGAUGAAGCAUAUACUUUCAUCAUGUGCAAAGUCCACAAUGCAAAUCCGUUAUGUAUCAGAAACCUUUUUCCCACAAUUAACUGCAGCUUUUAUUUUCUGUAGCACAAAAGUUUGAAUUGAAAGAUCA